AUGACGACUCAGCUGACAGUCAUAGUUCGUCCACACUUGUGGCUCUCGCCUUUGCGCACAAAAUAUGAGCAGGAAUGGGACCAGAAGAAUAACAAUCAGGCGUCUUAUAAGGAUAUUAUUCGAAUGAUGCUUUCAUGGCUAUCUAAGCUGAUGGUUUAUGCUCGCCUACAACAUAAUGCGAGUCAGAAAUACCACGCUAGCUCCGAGUUUGAGGUUUCCACUGCAGCAAGCAUUUGCGAAAUUCCUGAGCCAGAGGAGUUUGCCCCAUCAGAGGACGACCCAAUCCACAUUCCAGCUCCUCGACAGGACUACCAUUUAAAGCCACAGGAAGAAGAUCGCUUUAGCCAUAUCGUUCAUACUAGCGACAUCAACUCGGACACAUUCCGUGGCUUUAUUCGGAUUUUCGUAGCUGAUAGGCCGUUCUACGACCCCAGCGGCCCUCCAGAAUGGUCUGCGGAAUACAAGGCGCUGUACCAGAUUUGCGGACGUAGCUACGCACAGAGUCUUACGGAAGACGGGUAUUCAGUACUCCACCCGGUAAAGGCACUCGAUGUGAACGAAGUUGCGGAACUAGUACGUAUCAAUUCCAAGGGCGUCAUUGGGAAUCGCACUGUAUACCACAUCAUCAAUGUUAAGAUCUUUGAGGAAGCGUCACCAUAUAGCGAGACCGAAUUCUCGGCUCUCCCCCCGUCUCGACCAAUCUGUAAGCGACCUACAAAAGUCGGUCAUUCGCCGGGUUGCAGGUGCUCCAAGAUGUGGUAA